GUUCUUUCAUUUCUUCAUAUCUCAAACACUUUUCGCUUUCAUUGAAACCAUUCGAUCUCUUCCUCGCCUUCUCAAACAGUAAGUAAACCCACGAAUCAUUGUAAAUUUUACCAUUACCAUUCUUUUAGUUAUUAACUUAGAAUCUUCCCUUUCUAGAUUUAUAAUUGUAAUAAUUCUUUGUUAUAUAUACGUUGAUGUUACUGGGAUAUACAUAAGGUGUUGAACAUAGGAAAAGUCUUGAUUUUUAAUACUUUAGAGCGGUUUCAUUUUCUGGGCUGUAGUUGUUUUCUCAUACCAAAUGACUAGUGGUAGUUCUGUUGGAAUCUCUACCAUGAGGCCUUGUUGUAGAAUCUUUUGUAACUACAAAAGUCCAUCGCUUUUUGGGUUUUCUCCAACGAACUUCGGUGAUUCAGCGAUCACGGGCAUGUUGUCCAGAUCAGGUCAUCCCAAGUCAACCCAUCGUUAUAGAUAUAAUACCUGUGAUACUCAGAUUGUAGGGUACAUAAAUGUGAUCAAACCGAAUCGGAGAGAUUUUAGUAUUUCCGGUUCGAAUUGGCGUCUUGCUAGGGAUUUUAGCACUAGUGUUUGUAUCAAUGUUGGUAGUUUUAGGCCUAGGGUUGUGUCCUUGAUACCGCAUGUAGCGUCGGAUUUUAGGAACCAGUCUACAUCGGUCGAUUCUCAUGCUCAUGACACGAGCUUUGAGAAGAUUUACAUUCAGAGCGGCUUGAAUGUGAAGCCAUUGGUGAUUGAAACAAUUGAGACUGAUCAAGGCGUAUUGGAGGAAGUAUCUGAAGAAACAUGUGGUGAGUCAAAUGUCAAUUUAGAUCAUUUGAAGGAUUUAAGUGAGAAUAAGGUUCAGAGGAAGGUCUCUGAGGUUGAAAAGGAAGCUUGGAAGUUGCUUCGGGAUGCUGUCGUCACAUACUGUGGGAAUCCCGUUGGGACCGUUGCAGCUAAUGAUUCUGCUGACAAACAACCGCUGAAUUAUGAUCAAGUCUUUAUCCGUGAUUUUGUUCCAUCGGCGCUUGCCUUUUUGCUCAAUGGUGAAGGGGAAAUUGUCAAGAAUUUUCUACUUCACACAUUGCAACUGCAGAGUUGGGAGAAGACUGUUGACUGCUACAGCCCAGGUCAAGGGUUGAUGCCUGCAAGCUUCAAGGUUAGAACUGUGCCUCUUGACGGUAACAAUGAAGCAUUUGAGGAAGUUUUGGAUCCUGAUUUUGGUGAAUCAGCUAUUGGACGUGUUGCACCUGUCGAUUCAGGACUGUGGUGGAUUAUAUUGUUGAGAGCUUACGGGAAAUUAACGGGUGACUAUACUUUGCAAGAGAGAGUGGAUGUCCAAACAGGCAUAAGACUGAUCCUUAAGUUGUGUCUGACUGAUGGAUUUGACAUGUUUCCUUCUUUAUUAGUCACUGAUGGUUCCUGCAUGAUUGAUAGAAGGAUGGGCAUUCAUGGUCACCCUCUUGAGAUCCAGGCGUUAUUUUACUCGGCUUUACGCUGCUCACGGGAGAUGCUGAUAGUCAAUGAUGCAACUAAGAGCCUGGUGGCUGCUGUCAGUAAUCGCUUGAGUGCACUCUGCUUUCACAUGAGAGAGUAUUAUUGGGUUGAUAUGAAGAAGAUUAAUGAAAUUUAUCGGUAUAAAACAGAAGAGUAUUCUACUGAUGCUGUAAACAAGUUUAAUAUCUAUCCAGAGCAAAUUCCUUCAUGGCUAGUGGACUGGAUAUCCGAGGAUGGCGGAUACUUCAUUGGUAAUGUGCAACCUGCUCAUAUGGACUUCAGGUUUUUCACACUUGGAAACCUUUGGGCCAUUGUUUCUUCUUUAGGAACAACAAGCCAAAACCAGGGUAUUUUAAAUUUAAUUGAAGCAAAAUGGGAUGAUAUUGUUGCUCAAAUGCCUCUCAAGAUUUGUUAUCCGGCUCUGGAGAGUGAGGAAUGGCGUAUCAUCACUGGCUGUGACCCCAAGAACACCCCUUGGUCAUAUCAUAAUGGAGGAUCUUGGCCAACGCUUCUCUGGCAGUUCACAUUAGCCUGCAUGAAGAUGGGAAGGCCCGACUUGGCACAGAAGGCUGUUGAUUCAGCAGGGAAAAGGCUUUCAUUGGAUAAAUGGCCCGAAUAUUACGACACACGAAAUGGAAGGUUCAUUGGGAAGCAAUCACGGUUGAUGCAGACAUGGACCAUUGCUGGUUUCUUGACCUCAAAGAUGCUUCUAGAAAAUCCAGAAAAGGCAUCCUUGUUGUUUUGGGAGGAGGAUUUUGAACUUCUUCAGAACUGUGUCUGCAUGCUAAGCAAAACUGGUAGAAGAAAGUGUUCCCGUUUUGCUUCAAGGUCUCAGUUUCUUGUUUAACGUCAACAUUCUCCCACUAGAGUGCCAUUGUUUGGUGAACUAAUGUAUUGCAAUAAUUGAUUAUGCAUGUUAACUAUUUAUGUUGUUUGGUGACAACGGAUAACAGUAUAACAGUUAUAUUGCAUCAUUUAUUUAUGCGGGGUAACUCACUCCAUGCCAUGUGUGGCAUCAGUGUAUCAUAUAUUUGAACAGUAGUCACACUAGUUCUAUAAGAACCGGUUAUUGUACCACCAGAGUACUUUUGUAAAUCUUUGCUAAUUGAAGGAUUGAUAUAUCUAGUGAAAGAAAUCUUACUUUAGGACUGAA